AUGUCGCCCUUCCGACGCGCUAUUUCAGAAGGCAGCAGCCAGCAGCGGCAUCGGUGUAUUGUCCAGUCUUCCUGCGCUGAGCCUGAGGCCUCCACCUGGAGACAGCACGCGGUCUUGGAGCUGCAGAAGCACCGGAGAGGUGGACACACUGAAUCCGUUCUGAGUGUGGAAUCUGCUCCGAAUCGCUCGCUGGUCUUGGAUGUUGCAGCGGCCACCCGCGGAUCGUCUGCUCGAGAUGCACUGUGGCCAUCAAUGCCCACGGUGGAGAUGCACGGGGAGGAGAUGUCCUUCACAGAGCAGCAAGCUGGAGAGAGGAUGAGUCACUGCAACCGUGUAUGGUGGCAUCUUCAGGGCUGGCUUCUGGCCAUUGCGGUUGGUAUUUGUUCAUCCCUAUCCGGAGCUGGUUUGGAUGUGGGAGUGCAAGGCCUUUCAUCACUACGUUUUGGCGUUUGCAGUUCAAAUUGGAUGAUCCCAUUUCGGCAUUGCCCUGAGGACUCUUGGGUCUACUGGGGUGAAGGCCCGACAGGGUUCGCCUUCAAUGUGGGCUUUGGGACCUUCUGGGCCUGUCUGGCUGCCCUGUUGGUCUACCUCUUUGCUCCGGCUGCAGCUGGAUCCGGCAUCCCAGAGGUCAAGACCAUACUGAAUGGAUUUGUGAUGGCAGAUGUCGUCUCUUUGCGGACUUUGCUGAUCAAGAUUUCAGGGCUAAUGCUCUCCGUAGCAGCAGGCAUGUCACUGGGCAAAGAAGGACCUCUGGUGCAUGUUGCCGUCUGCUGGGCACAGCAGCUCUCACGUUUCUUUCCUCAGUUUUCGAACGAAUCCAAACGCCGCGAACUUUUCUCUGCCGCCGCAGCCGCUGGAGUCAGCACCGCCUUUGGAGCCCCGCUUGGGGGUGUCCUUUUCAGCUUGGAGGAGGUCAGCUCCUUUUUCCCUUCGCGCACGCUGAUCAAAGCCUUCACUGCUGCCAUGGCCGCUGCAAUCGUUUUAUCGGUGCUGAACACUACCAACACAAAAGGCCUUACUUUGUUCAGCGUUGAGUACAGCAAAGCUUGCCAUCCAGUGGAGUAUCUGAUCUUCGCCGGGCUCGGUGUGGUCGGGGGUCUGGUGGGAGCCGUCUUCAACGCAGUGAACGUACGCUGGUCGGCCUUUCGCAUGAAGCCGACCUUUCGGAAGCGCGUGCAUCCAGUCUUGGAGGUCACCUGUAUCGCAUUGGUGACGUUGCUGACAUCCUUCCCCGUGGCCAUGACCAGAGUCCUCAGCUCUGAUGCCAUCCACGCCUUGUUUGAAGCCUGCGAUGCUGGGUCAGGUCAUCAGUUGCGCGGGCAUCUGAAGUUAUGUACGGAGAAUGACGAAUAUGCUCCCGCCUCCGUUGCCCUGGUCUUUGAGCUGCUCCUAGCAGCGAUUAUCCGAUUGCUGCAGACCAUUAUCACUUUUGGAGUGCCUUGUCCUGCAGGCCUUUUCGUCCCUUCUCUGUUCACGGGUGCCGCAAUCGGUCGCUGUGUGGGGGUGCUGAUACAGGCUGGCAACCAUGAACAGGCCCUUUUUCCUCGGACUGUGGAGCCUGGUGUGUAUGCCAUGGUUGGCGCAGCAGCAGUACUUGGCGGUGUGUGCCGAGUGACGAUCUCCCUGGUGGCCAUCAUGCUGGAGCUGACCGGUGGCAUGACGUACAUCGUGCCCUUCAUGAUCGCAGUUCUCAUUGCCAAGCUUGUUGGAGAUACACUAAAUGAAGGUAUUUACGACCUAUACAUUGUUCUCAAAGGAUAUCCGUUUCUUCAAGAAGAUUUGGACGUGACCUUCACUGAGAGAUGCUGCGAUAUCAUGGAAUCAGGCUUGACCACCUUGGACAUUUCUUUGCAGCCAACUUUCUCUGAUUUGUCUUGGCUGGUGCAGAACUUUCACUUUCCCGGAUAUCCAGUGGUCAUGGGAGAUAGUUUUAUUGGCUACAUGAAGCGGGAGCAUCUUCGAGAGCUUAUAGGGCACCUGGGACGUUCGGGGCGAACUGACGAUGAAAUGGUACAGCAAGACGAACUUCUAGAGGUCACAGAUCGCAACGUGAUGCGAAUGUCUCCGGGUGCAUCUCUAACUCAGGCCCACAAAGUCUUCAAGCAGUUGGGAUGCAAACGCAUCUUCCUGGUUGGUUCGAUGCGUGGCAACUCACAGGAUGUGUUGCAGGGCAUGCUCUCCAAAAAGAACUUUCUGCACUUUCUCAAGACCGGAAAGAUUGGACAUAUGCGAGACUAUCCGAACAGUCAGCCCUAUUAUGGUGGCGAACGUUCACCACGUCGGAACGCUUCAAGCACUAUUGCACGUGCAGCAGGAUUGGAACGUUUCAGGAACACGUCCUUUGUAGCAUCUCUGCUCUCCGUCUCGCGGGAGCGGUCGAGUCCGAUGCAGCUACGGACCAUGUUGCGAUCGCCUGAAAUGUCUGCCAGCUCGGGGGAAGAGGACGGUCCGCCCUUCCAGGCCCCGAGCCCAAAGCUCACCAGUGUUCAAAACGCAGGGGCCUGUGUGGCUUUCCCGAAGAGUGCUAAAAAGAGCAACAGCACCCAAUGUGCAAAGCGCAAUUCAUGGGAUUGCAGCAAAAAGGCCUUGUCACCACGACGGACGACCUUGCAGCUGGCCGAUAGCAAACAAAAAUGGCCCCUGUCUCUAGCGGCUCGUCCGGCGAUGUGGGAAGGGUUGGACACGCAAGGAUUGUCUGCAACUUCUGGUGCCUCUCGCGGAGCAACCACAUCUCGCCGAGUGCAGGGGCAUUUAGGCCUUCGAAGGUUGCCGGGCCAACCUCUUGGCCCUUUUGAACGGGACAAAUUAUUGGAUAGCUUCAAUCAAUUCCGGCAGAAUGGAGGGCAUUUGCCAUCGAUGGCGACUUCGACGUCUCAUUUUAGUCGAGGUGUGGACCUGCUUGACGUUCAGUCACAUGACAUGGAGGCCCUGCAGCAGCGCUGUGCCGAGCUUGAAGCUUUGGUCACAGAGCUGAAGCGAACAAAAAGAAGGAGCAAACCAAAUAGUACUUCGACAGUGAGCUUGCCGGGCACUCCUGGUGGCACACGUACGCCAUCAACAGCUCCGGAGCAAGCAGACAUUGAGGACGUAGCGAAGUUUGCAAGCCGCGCUGAACAAGCGGAGCAGCGAGCAGAGGUGCUCGCGGCAGAGCUCGCUGCAGCAUCUGCUCGGCUGGCUGAAGUGGAGGACGGCGCCAGUGCAAAAGUGGCUGCGGCCGCCACCAGCCUUCGUGCCUCCGCAGCUUGCCUGGCGGCAGUUGAAGCGGUUGGGGGCUCGGAUCACAACAUUUAUAGCCGUGCGCAGGACGCCAACGAAGCACGACGACGGGUGGAGGAGGAGCUGCUGAAGGAAACGGCGGCGGCGAAGAAGGCGUCCAGCAGGGAGUGCGGCACUGAGUCGUGGGCCCCCCUGGGGAUCCGAAGCGAAGUGAGCUGCUGGGGAGAUUUCUUGGCACGGCUCGCGAUGCUGGCAACCUGCUUUGCCACAUGGCUCGCCGAAACGCGCAUCAGCUCGGCAAAAGAGGUCACCGCUGCCAAGGUGAUUGCAGCAUGGCGCACCUCGUUGUGCACGCGACGCACAGUGGGCUCCCUUCAGGCGGAUCGAGCUUCAGCCCUGCGGGCGCAGAGGAGCGAGUGUGACGUUCUCCUACUCCAGGCGGAGGCACGACACCGGAUAGCCUUACAGAAGCUCAGAACAGAGCUCGCAGAAGCUCAGGCCAAGCAGAAGGAGGCCUCCGCCGCAGAGCGUUUGGCCCUCCAGGCCCGGAAUUCUCGGAUUUGCCCAACCAUUUAA